AGUUUAGUCUCAACGUGAAGCUCACGGCGAUCAAAUCACGCAAUCUCUCAGACAUUCUAUCUGCUGCUAUGAUGGCGGUACUGAUGCUGCAGCUGUUAUGGAUUGCCUCAAUGGGAGCUAUUGGCAUUGCUGCCGCUGCGCAAUUUAGCUAUGGCAAUUGCGAGACAAAGGUUAACAAGGAGCGAGGCCUGUGCAUUCACAUAAGGGACUGUCCAUUUCUCGACGAGAUUCUCAAUAUUACAAAGACAACGCCCGAACAGCGACAACUGCUCUCCGACAGUCAGUGCGGCCUGGACAACACACGUCAGAGCGGUCUGGUGCAGCGUAUUCUAGUCUGCUGCCCUGAUGGCAAACGUGUCUCUCCAGGCACGGACAAGGCAACCGGCGCUGUUGUUGAAAAUCGGAGUGAGGACGACCCCGAACCGGGCAAUGUUUUGCCCAGCAUUGGAAAAUGUGGUAUAAUGUUCGCCAAUCGCAUUAUCGGAGGCACAAAGACGCAGCUCUUUGAAUUUCCCUGGAUGGCACUGCUAAAGUAUAAGAAACCCAGCAAUGAUUUCGGAUUCAAUUGCGGUGGAGCAUUGAUCAACUCCCGAUAUGUCCUGACCGCUGGCCAUUGCUUGGCCAGCAGCAAAUUGGAAAAAUCCGGAUGGGAGUUGCACAGUGUUCGUCUGGGAGAGUGGGACACGAGCACAGCUCCAGAUUGUGUUACCGAACUGAGCAAGAAGCAAACCUGUGCCCCCAUGCACAUAGAUAUUGAGGUUGAAAAGCGGAUAGUGCAUGAAUUGUACGUGGCCAACUCCAUCGAUCAGAUGCACGACAUUGCGCUGCUCCGGCUCAAGGAGUUGGUCAGUUUCACGGAAUACGUAAAGCCAAUUUGUUUGCCAGUUGGCGACGCCGUUCGCAACAACAAUUUUGAAGACUAUGCCAUGGAUGUGGCCGGUUGGGGUGUUACAGAGGAUGGUAAUCCUAGCACUACAAAGCUAAAGAUCACCGUGGAAGUGUGGAACCAUAAAAAAUGCCAGGACAAAUAUCGCGUUUACCAAAUGCAUCUUAAUGGUUCGCAAUUAUGUGCUGGCGGUAAGAACCAGAUUGACACUUGUCAAGGUGAUUCCGGUGGCCCACUAAUGGUUCCCACUAAUGUGGGCCAGCACGAAGUCUUCUUUGUGGCCGGUGUCACUUCAUACGGACCCGUACCGUGCGGCCUGCAAGGUUGGCCAGGUGUUUACACGCGGGUUGGAAACUUUGUUGAUUGGGUAAUUAAUAAAUUGGAGGCAUAAUCUGAUUAAUAAUUUGAUAAA